GCGACCUUUAUCCGUCGCAGAAUACAUCAUGGUCUUAGUUCUUGUCAUUGGCGACCUUCACAUCCCUCACCGCAUUCAUGACCUUCCCGCAAAAUUCAAGAAACUUCUGGUCCCGGGAAAAAUCCAACAAAUACUAUGCACGGGCAAUGUAUGUGACAGGGAGACAUACGAAUAUCUGAGGACAGUCGCGGCAGAUGUGCAUGUUGUACGAGGAGACUAUGAUGAGAGCGCGUCGUUCCCAAUGUCGAUAACAGUCACACACUCGCCGAUAAAGAUUGGCGUCAUUCACGGCCAUCAAUGUAUACCCACGGGCGACCUCGAUUCUUUAAGCUCGAUAGCCAGGCAAAUGGACGUUGACGUUCUCAUCUCGGGACACACACAUACAUUCCAAGCCAUCGAAUAUGAUGGCCACUUCUUUGUCAACCCGGGCUCCGCAACAGGGGCUUGGUCUGGUGCAUUCACUGGCGAUCCGAUACCCUCCUUCGCCCUCAUGGACAUCCAAGGCCCAGUCGUCGUAACCUACGUCUACCAACUCAUCGACGGCGAAGUCCGCGUCGAAAAGAUCGAGUAUCGAAAGGACUCUGACGCUUUCGCUGCCGCCGCGAAUGCGAGAGGCGCUGCGGCGGGUGAGAUCGGGGCGGGUGCACCGAGGAGUACGGUCAUGCCGCAGAGCAUACCGAGUGCGGGGAUGGGGAACCAGAGCGUUUGGUAGAUAUGGAGGAUAGUGGGAUGGUUGUAUCGACUGGUGGAUUUGUGUAUUCUUGAUUUAUUUAUUACAACACGUAUUACCCUUGUCCCGGAAGGACUUUCGUCGAAUCGAUCUUGUAUGGUUUU